AUGGCAAUGGCAGCUUACCUUUCAAGAAUGUUCAGACUCUCCACCACUCAACAAACCCCACUACGAAACUUUUCCUCAUCAUCUACAUCUCACCAAUCAUUUCGCGCAUUGAAAUCAGCCAUCAAAUCAGAACAAGACCCUUUAAAGAUCGCUAAACUCUUCGAUUCACCCAUUUCAAUACCCACAUUCAGACACUACAAGCCCCUGUUCACUCUUUCAGUCCACAAACUCACUCGAUCCAAACGAUUCGACCUAAUCGAUCGCAUAUUAUCCAAAUCAAUCACUGAUUCACCCGCCCUACAACUCGCUUCAGAAGGGUUUUGGCUCAGAAUUGUCAUGUUAUACUCACAAGCUGGGAUGGUGGACAAUGCACUCAAGGUGUUCGACGAAAUGCUUCAGAGAAAAACCUGCACGUUGACUGAAAAAUCGCUUUGUGGGGUGCUUUCUGUGAUGCUGGAUAACAAGAUAUAUGAUGAUAAGUUUCAUCAGACUUAUGAAACUUUCGUAAAAAAGACGGGUGUUUCGCCGGGUGUUAAGUCAUUUAAUCUGGUAUUGAACGCUCAUGUUAAAGCGGGCCGGGUUGAUCAGGCUCAGGAGUUGGUUACUGAGAUGGAAAGUAAAGGUGAUGUGAAACCGGAUAUACGUUCGUAUAAUAUAUUGUUGGGAGGGUAUUUGGAUAGUGGGAAAAAGAGCGCGUUCGAUACGGUGGUGAAACGGAUUUCUGAAAACGGUUUUGGAGCCGAAUUUGAUUACUUAUAA